AUGGCGGAGACGGAGAAAGGUGCCAAGUCGUACGUCGACACCACGCCAGUAUCCAGCAGUGAAGAUAACGUCUCAAUCGAACAAGAGUAUGAUGCAGCAUUUGAGAAGCGAGCUCUCCGCAAAGCCGAUAUCUGGCUAGUCGGUUUCUACUCCCUGGUGUACAUCUUCCGGGUGAUCGAUUCCUCCAACUAUUCCAAUGCAGCAAUCAUCAACAAGGAGCAGGGAACCAACAUCAAGACGCAACUCAACUUCUCCCCGUCACAAUGGUCAUGGACACUCUCCAUCUUCUCCUACAGCUAUAUGGUCUUCGAGCCUAGCAACACUCUGCUCUUGAAGAAAUUCCGGCCAUCGGUAUGGAUGUGUGUCCUCAUUCUCGGAUGGGGCGUUUGUGCUGCGUGCGUUGCAGCCGUCCAGGAUUUCAAAGGGAUGAUGGUCGUACGUUUUGCAAUUGGCAUGGCGGAAGCUGGUUACUACCCUGCAGUGUUGUACCAUAUGUCUUUCUGGUACAGGCCUUCCGAGAUGCCAUGGCGUAUCGCGCUCUUUUAUUCCAUCGGCCAGGUAGCUGGCGCGCUCAGCGGUCUAUUGGCGUAUGCCAUCGGCUUCAUGAACGGUCUUGGCGGUCUUCCAGGAUGGCGAUGGCUCUUCCUCCUCGAGGGACUCCCCUGCAUCCUCUUAUCCGUCGUCGCACUUUUUGGGCUUCCGGAUUAUCCUCAGACUUCAAAGAUGCUUACGCCGGAGGAGAAGAUUUUCUUCGUGCAGCGGUUAUCGGCCUCGGCGCCAUCGGGCGCGAAGGGAAACUGGGAUUGGAAGUCACUUAAGCCUCUGUUUUUGGAUCCAACGUUCUAUACUUUCAGUAUUUACUGGAUUGCUCAUGGAAUUGGUGGAUUUGGUGUCUCGUAUGCUUUGCCGACUGUCAUUUAUGAGCUCGGCUUCACCACGACUUCCCUCUCUCAGUUGAUGAACAUACCUCCAUUCGUUGCAUGUUUCUUCUUCCUCAACACGCUAGGCUGGCUACUGCACAAACGAUUGAUCAGGCCAUGGACAACGGCCGUUGCAAUCGAAUUUACCACAAUAAUCUGCUACAUCCUCUUAAUCACAGUCCCGAACUCCACCGUAAAAUACCUAUGUCUCGUAGUAGCAACCUCAUGUGCCGGCUCCGCAUACCCAGUAAUCUGGCCCGAACGGAUCCGCGCCCUCGACGGUACUGUCGCAGCAGGAAUGGGCAUUGGAUUUACCAAUGCGAUGGCGCAGUUUAGCGGUAUUGUGGGACCGCAUGUGUAUAGUACGGUUUUUGGACCGUCAUAUCAUGUUUCCUACAUUAUCUGCUUGUGUUUUUUGAUUGUUUCUAUUAGCGGUAUUCUCUGCAGUUGGUGGCUUGUUUUGAGAAGGGAUAGGAAGGCUGCGGAGUUGGAUGAGAGUACCUAA